ACAUCGUUUCUCCUCCGUUGCCUGUACAUUGACAACCCGGCUACACAGAAAUCUCGUGACACAUCAAGAGGGAAUGUCUGACGUUGCAUGAUGGAUAUUAUGAUGAUAUUUUCUUGUAAAUUAACGGUUAAUGACGGUUAUACAAAAAUGACCCGUUGCUGCUGAGCUGCAGUCGGGCGGUGGGAUUUAAAUGAUGACAGCGCUCGUGUCAUGUCGGCGUCUUCAGAGGAAACCUAGUGAAACAUAAUCUGGAGGACAGACCGCGCAUCUUUAUUUCCUGGGAGGAGAGAGCAUCUCGACAUCGAUCUUUCUUCUCGACAGAGACAGCGAUAUUUAUCUCUGCCGACACGUAUAGAACCAUCUCCAUAAAGGACAUAAAUAAAACGACGUAUUGUUUGUGCUAACAUCAUUGAUCAUUGAUACAAAUAUAUUUUAAAUUAGUUUUAAUCUGUGGUGAGAAAAAAGAGAUUGAAACUUUUUGUAGCAUGACAUCAUUCUCAUUUUAACCUUGGUAUGUUCUAGAAACCUUGGCUCAAACUGCUGUAUACUAUUAUUAAAUUGAAUAUUCAUGAUGUUGGACUCGAAGAUGAAGGACGUGUGCCGUAUAUGUGCCAGGGAGCUGUGUGGUAACCAACGGCGAUGGAUCUUCCACCCCACUGCCAAGCUAAGUAUGCAAGUCCUGUUGUCCUAUGCGCUGGGCAGAGAGAUGACCCGAGAUGGCCGGGGAGAGUUCGCAUGCAGCAAGUGUACCUUCAUGCUGGACCGAAUGUACCGUUUCGACACCGUGAUCGCCAGGGUUGAGGCGUUGUCCAUUGAACGGAUGCAGAAGCUCUUAUUGGAGAAAGACAGGCUCAGACAGUGCAUCGGUGGACUUUAUCGGAAAAACAACGCUGAGGACUUUGGGGGGAUAGACGGGGGUGCGGGUGACUCCCCUGUUGCAGACUUUUCUGGAUUGGCUGAAGCUAAAUACAGCGCACUGCUGCAAGAAGACCUGACAUACUCUGUCUAUGAGUCCUGGGCUGAACAAAGCCCUCAAGACCAGGACCACCAAAACCCUGUUCAACACCAUCAUCAAUGCCCCGCAGCAAUGGACGGCGCUUCCGGACCCCGUCCCAGGAAGUGCAGGGGGUGUGCUGCGUUGCGAGUAGCAGAUUCAGAUUAUGAGGCCGUCUGCAAGGUUCCCAGGAAAGUAGGCCGAAGCACCUCUUGCGGUCCUUCUACACGGUACUCCAGCAGUGUCCAAGACAAUCCUGAGGAGUGUGUGCCAUCUGCUCCACCGCAAGAACCGGAGAUCGCAGAGAACAACCAAACUUGCCGUUCUAGUGACCCGGAGCGCACCAGUGUGAGUCCUGCCACGUCUGUGGAGUCUUUGGACACUGCCGUAGAUGUCACCCAAGAGUCUUGUCCAAAAGUCCAUCCAAACAUUAUUCAGGAGGAAACUGAAGAGGAACGUUCACCCAUUAGAAGGCCUGAGUCGCUCUCUGAAGGCACAUCCAGGCCUGGAUCUGUGUGUGGACUGGAGGUGGCCCUCAGUCUGCUUAGAAGCUAUGAAUAUCACCCCAUCCAAAGCCCCCAAGGUAGUCGGAUUCCUGUGCUCAUGAAACCUAACGCUACACCCGUGGAGAGUCUUUACCCACUGCUACAGGUGACUCCCACAGGGGUGGAUUGUCCCCUUACCCCACACAUUCAGGAUGCUCCUUCCAGCAUCCAGCAGGAACUGCAGCAAGAGCUGGAAGAAAUGGAGAACCUGUGGUUUGAUGAAUAUAUGCCGUGCAGGCCAUUGGGCCAUCAGAAGAGUUUGAUCGAGGAACAACAGUCUCGGCUGGUGCAGUAUGAGAAGGCGGCGGGUCAGUGUGUCAGUGAACUGCAGAAAGCCCAACAGCAGGUCCAGUCUCUCCAGGCCAAGAUCAGAGAGAGUGACACCAACAAUGAGAAGCUACAGCAGAGGCUUGAGGAAAUGGAAAGGGAACUACACUCUGUCAGAGAAGCAGCAUGUGGUCAGGAGAGAACAAUACAGACCUUGAGUGACUCGCUCAACACUAAAGAUUGUGAGAUUACCAAUCUCCACCGGCUCAUUGAGGAACAAAAAGAGCUUUUACUCACUCUAAAGCAACAGAACAAUCAUUACCAUUUUCAACAACAGCAGGCGUCUGGUGUGGCUCCCAGCCGAAUGCAGGCUGAUCUCUUGGACCUCCAGGGCUCUCAUUUCUCUGCCCAGUUGGAGCUACAAAGCCUCCAAAGAGCGCAGCAGCAGAGCCAGAGACGAGAAGAUGACCUGUCCCGUGAGAACCAGCGCCUCCGAGCCGACCUGCAGGAAGCACUACAGCACCGGCAGGACACAAACAGACACAACCAAGAUCUGCUAUCCGCUCUACAGAAAGCUCGCUCUGAGCUCCAACAAGUGGAGGAGAAAUGGAAAGAUGAAAGGAGCGGCCGAGAGAAAGAGGUUGAGGAGCAAGAGAGGACCAUCAGAGAGCUGAAGACGUCACUUGAGAACAAAGAGCGUUGGAUACAAGAUUACAAUGAGCUGAUGGACGGUCAAAGAAAGCCAGGCGUGAACAAAGACAACCUCAUUCACAAGCUCAAACAACGCAUUCAGGAAAGAGACAGAGCGUUAGAACGAGCGGUUGAUGAGAAGUUCAUGUGCAUCGAGCAGAAAGAAGACGAGUUGAGUAAACUGCAGCUGGUGCUGAGAGAGAAAGAGAGAGACCAGGAGAAACUUCAGUGUGUGCUGUCCAACAACGAGGAAACCAUCACGAGUCUGGAGGUGUUGCUGCGUGGUAAAGGUUUAGAGCUCGAGCAGGUGUGUGAAGCCUGGCGCAGCACUCAGUGUGUUCAGCGAGAACGAGAGGAUUCACACACACGCAGUCUGAGAGAAAGAGACACUCUCAUCAGUCAGCUGCAGAUGUCAUUGCACACACGCACCAAAGAAGCAGAGGAAAUGACUGCGGUUCUGCUCAGCAAGGUGUCCAUCGGGUCCAACGAGGUGGCCGAGGAGCUCAAGUCUCGCCUACUGCUGAAGGAGCGUCUGUUUCAGGAGCUGCUGUCGGACCGCAGCAUACAGACUCAAGAACACCAUCAGCACGUCCAGGACCUGCUCAACGCCAUCAAUGCUAGAGAGCAGUACAUCAAGGAGUCUGCUGGGCGUGUGGGUCAGGUGAUGGCCGAACAGACCGCUCGCUUGCAGGAGCUACGCAGACAGCUUGAGUCAACAGACCCUCGGUCGACCCCACCAGAACCUCCCGCUGACAAGCAGAGACUUCUGGAUGAGCUCCAGCUGGCUCUGCGCAGAGAAAGAGAGGCACAGGACCAGCUGACCAUCCUGCGCUCCACCUUGGCCUCACACCGAGAUCAACUCCAGGCCCAGGCUUCAGAUCUAGAGGCCUUGACCAGGACUGUGAACAUUAAAGAGGAAAUCAUCAAGGACUUACAAAUGCAGUUGGUGGAACCAUCAGGUUUGCCACUAGUAGAUCGAUUGUGCCAAGAACUACAGGAGCUGAGAGAGCGGAUCGGACAUCAGAAGCCCAUCUGUGUUAAUCACAAGCAGGCUGUUUUGGAUCCAUUGGUGUCCAUGGAUACAGGACAGGCAGUCAAACCUCAUGCUGAUUUUGGAGGUUUUACUUCAGAUGAUGGAGAGGAGGAGGAUGAAGAAUGCAACAGUGAGUUUGCGGAUAGUGCCGAAGAUGAAGAGCGCUCCAAACUGACUGCUCAGUCUUUGCUCAACAUGCAGAGUUGUGAUCAGCACAGAGGAAUUAGGGGCUGUCAGGAUGCUAUAGUUGAGGGUCAGGGGCUAGCCGAGGUCAAGCUGCUGGUGGAGCAGAAGAGGGCGGUAGAAAGAGAACUGAUGGAGCUCAAAUCCCAGCUGGAGAAGAGCGGCUUCUCCUCUCUAUCUCAGAUGAGGAAGGCAUUGUUUACUCUACGCUCCGAGAACAAGGAGCUCAGGAGUGUAGUGAUCAGAGGAGAAUCUGAGAGGGAUAGACGGAAGAUCAUACCAGAUGGCUCUGAUGUACUUGAUGGGGCAGCUGGUAAAGAGUCUAAUAGAUCUACACCUAGAAAGGAUCUAUUAAAAGACCAGACAGUACAUCUGAAAUCCAACCUUGAACAGGUGCAGCUGGAGACCAGAGAGCUUCAGGAGAGACUCAUGGUGUCGGAAGCAACAGUUCAAGCUCAGGCCGAGCAACUCAAAGACUACAGAGAGCUGCUUACGGAAACAACAGUACAGCAGGAUAAUAAACAGGUCCAGGUGGACAUCCAGGAUCUGGGCUAUGAGACGUGUGGUCGCAGUGAGAAUGAGGCAGAGAGAGAAGAUGCCAGCAGCCCAGGUGACUUCGAGUUUGAUGACCUGGAGCUGUGCACAUCUCUGUCCUAUCGUGACGGGAGCUCUCAGUGGUGGGGGGCUUCCGCCUCACUGAACUCUGGGAAGACAGAACAGGAUGUGAGCCACCUGCAGCAGUUGGUCGAGGACCUGCGCAGUCAGCUCUCGCGAUCUCAAGCUCUGAUCCGUAGCUUGCAAGCCCAAACACGUGAUCAUACCCCGGGUAGCACUCCCCGGAAGGUCAACUGGGGCUCUGAGAACUUUGAGGCACAGAGUACAGCUGAGGAGGACGAGGGCUGGCAGUCGUCAGACGGCUUUGGGUCUCUCCCCCGCCAGCCCAAGCAGGGUCGAGAGCUGCAGGAGCUGGUGUCUCGCGUGACAUCAUUGGAAGAGCAGCUGAGGAAGAGCAAAGGUCAUGCGGAAGAUGGCAAAACUGGAAACUGGCCAGGCAAGUUUGACACGUUGAUUCAAGCGCAGGCCCGUGAGCUGUCUCACCUGCGGCAGAAGAUGCGAGAGGGCCGUGGCGUGUGCCACAUUCUGACUCAGCACCUAGGGGACACCACCAAGGUCUUUGAGGAGCUCCUGCGUUCCAAUGACAUUGACUACUACAUGGGCCAGAGCUUCAGAGACCAGCUGUCUCAGAGCAUCUCGCUCACCCAGAGAAUCAGCACCAAGAUCAGCGGUCGUGAUCACGCUGAACUUCCAGAUGAUAAGUCAGGCCAUGAGCUGCUUGCAAUACGGUUGAGUAAGGAGCUACAACAGAAAGACAAACUCAUCGAGUCGCUGCGAUCUAACCUCGACCAGCAACAGCCACGAUCCGACACACCCGUCAGCAGCAAUGCCCUGUCCGAGGCCACCGACCAAUCAGACAGGACCUCGUUUGUGUCAGAUGACCACGGCUCAACCAAUGAGGAUCUAGAGUUGUGCUCUGAACUGGAUGGUGCCAGUGAAUAUGGUCAAGAGGGCGCAACAAGGAGUGCCACAGACUCACAUAGUCAUAGAGGCCAAGCUUCAUUACAUCCAUCCAAUGCUCCAUCCAUUACUUCCUCUCACAGCCGUCAGUCAUCCAGCACUUGUCCCAGUAUGCAUUGCACACCACACAGGCCAAUGGAAACCCAAGCACAGACAGGCCUUUCGACUGGACCUGUGUCCACCUCCCUUUCUUUCUCCUCUUCUCCCCACUGUCUCCUCAACCUCCCCACUCAAAUUUCCUGUCCACCUGUGUUUGACCCUCAUACUCAUCCCUUGAGAAUCCGUCACCACUACGGUGGGGGUUUCUCACUGGCAGAGGUUCAUCAAGAGCUUCAAACGCUCCAGAGGCAGCUUGCAAACAGCCAUCACGGUCCUCAAGUCAAACCUCUGGGUGGGUUUCCACUGGGCUCUCACACUCCUGACCAUAGCAGUUUACACUUGCUGUCACAUCAUGGUUUUGAACAAUCUCCUCUUAGCAGUCAACAUGCAAGCCCUGCUAUGAAAUCUGGGGCGAGUCUUCUAGAGAGCAGUGCAAUGUGGGAUAUGAUGCAUGACCCGAGAGCAUUAAGACCAGGAGUGUAUGGAGAUGUGUCCUCUGGUUCCUCAGGAUAUCUGUCGGGACAUACAGGUUCAGACCUGAUGGAGGAGCACCUCAGAGAGAUUCGCUCACUUCGACGGCGACUGGAAGACUCUAUUCAGACCAAUGACCGUCUGAGACAACAGCUGGAGGAGAGACUGGCCUCUUCUGCACGAAACGCAGCAGGUGGAGCUGCACCCACCAACAUCUACAUCCAGGGGAUUGAUUCCGUUAGUCAGCUGUCCAAUGAGAUUCGAGCCCUAGAGGAGGAAAAUCAUACCCUGCAGAUCCAACUCCAACAGGCCAGAACAGAUGGCAGUAAAGAGAUGGAGCGCCUGAGAGAGGCAGUUCUGUCUAGUCGUGGCCAAUUAAAGGAGGCGGAGAUGGAUGCGGACAGGUGGGCGGAUCAAUGCAGGCAGCUGCAGGCUCAGAUCAGAGAUCAGGCUCAGGCAAUACUACAGCUCAAGCGAGACAAACAGAACCACCUGGGCAACAGCACCAGGCUCCAGCACGAAGUGAAUGUUCUCCAGCAGCAGUUGGCUGAGAGUCAGCGUCUUGUGCACGGACUACAGUGUGAGCUACAGGUGUACCACAGAGUUUGUGGUACAACUGAGAGCAACACAGGUUCAGGGUUGAGUUUGACCUUUGACCCGCGCGAGUCUAACAUGCACUUGUUGGAGCAGCAGUUGAGAGAGAGGCUGGACCAGUUUAUGCCCCGCCCAUUUGCCAGGAAACAGCUCUUCCACGACCAAUCACCAUCUCCCCCCGUUCGGGAUACAGGGUUCCCAAGUCCCGCCUCACCAGCGGUGGAACCAGAAGAUUCAAAGUUAUCUGCUAGUGACUCAUCCAAACCCGCCACUGAAGGUGUUGACGGUGAGGCCCCAGACGGCUCCUUCGCCUGCAGGUCAGGACGUCAUGUGAUCGGUCACGUGGAUGUUUUCAGUGCCCUACAACAACAGCUAUUGGAGGGAAAAGUGGUUAUACGCAAGAUAGAGGCAGCGUUGCAGUCCAACACAGAACAUGACCUGCCAGAGAGUUAUAUUAGAAGCCUUCACACCAGCACAAAGACACUAAAGCAGAUUCUGGAGGAGACGGGCUCUCUCUUGAGAAUGUUCUGGAGAGCAGCUCUGCCCAGCACUGAUGCUUCUGACCAGCAGCUUAAAAAGGAGCAGUCCCUUAGAAGGGAGGUUGUUCUACUGAAGCGUAAGCUUUCAGAGCAAGACAUGCUUAUCAGGGAAUCUAAGGAGAGUCUAAGAAACUCCAAUCGCACUAAAGAUGGCAUGGAGCAAUUCAUCGUCAAUCAACUCUCAAGAACACGAGAUGUGCUGAAACAAGCUCGAUCGAAUCUAGAGAAGAAUGAACUCAAGAUUGCCUCUCUAGGCUGUUCCUCUCUCCCCCCACCUUUAUUUUCCUUCUCCUUACCUUCCCGACCUAGAGAUGAGAUCUCAGGAGUCCCAGGCAAACACGCCCCUUCUCUUGGUUGGAAUAUCAUGAGUUGUAAUGCUCAGGAUCAGCACAUGAUGACCAGCCCAUGGCCUACGCAGGGAUGUGAUGGACGGCGCCCUCUAGAGUCGUCCUACAGAGCAGACCCAAGACUCGAUGCUGCUGUUUUCUUAUAAAGCGUAACAUUAUUCACCCUAAAAAGUUUAGCUAAGACUGAACAACUAAGCGUAACGUAUUUCAUGUGCACGUUAUUUAUGGAUUUGUGUUAUAGACAUUUGGACUUGCGAUCAGGUUUUAAACCAAAGUAACUUCUCAUGGGUUUACAUUGUGUGUUUGGGAUUAGAAGAACCAGCAACACUACUAAUGUGCAAUUGUAAAACUACUGAGUUAGCAGACCUUCUACACUGUAACCUAGAGUCACCCCAGGGAUGAGCUGAAGACCGACGGUGCAAUAAUACUUUAAUGGGAUGUACAGAGAUAAAUUUGUGUUUUGUUAUUGAAGCUCUCUUUUUCUGCCAAAGUCUGUUUCUUUUGAAGCAUUAACAUUCUGCAAUGUUUGGUCCCUUUAAAACAGUUGUUAUUUUUUAUUUAAUGUUUUAACCCUUUUUUUAUCAUUUCAAUACCUGAAAAUAUUGAUGAAAAUAUAUGUUUGGUUUUGCUCCAAAAAAAGUCAGUGUUUUAUAUAUCUGCUGUAUCAGGAUGGACCACUUUUAUUUUUGCUUUUUUAUUUUGUUUGUUUUUAUUUUAUUAUCAUGGCUGAUGUCCUGGGCUUUAUGUACAUGUGAACUGAUCUGUCAUGUUGUUUUGAGUCGGGGUUAGACACUUGUAACUGUCAAAGAUCAGUCAUGCAACAACAAAAAUGAAUGGUGUAUUGUAAACUUCUGAUGCACAGGUGAACACAGAAAGAGGAAUGUCAAUCCUAAACUCUGUUUCUAUGACAAUCACAUUUUGUUUGUAAUUCAGUAGCUGUACAGAUUUCCCUUUGUCAACUGAUGUAAAUGGAGAGAUUUGAAAGACAGUCCUCUGUUCAUUCUUAAUGCAUGUGUAUUUCAGUGAAAGCUUUGUGGAGGGCUCAAUAAGGGAAUAUUGAAUAAAAAGGGAAUCUUAUAC